UAUUAUAGAAAUUAAAUUGAAGAUAAUGUUUUAUAAAACCUAAAAGUGAACUUUAUUUAUUUUGGAAAAAAGACUAUGUUUUUUUCAACUUUAUAUAAGUUUUAUUCUAAUACGAAGUGACGUAAAAGGAAUAAAAUGUGAAAUAAAAAACUAAACAAGUCAACUUGUUCCAAUAUUAAAACAUUGUGUAAAACAUUUUUAUAAUAAAAUUCUAAUAUUGGAAAAGUCUGUCAUAUUUUACGAUUAAAGUGCAAUGUGUAUUUAAAGCAAUUUAACAUCUUAAACAUCAGUUAAUUAAAAAGGGAAAGGGUAGUAAAUUUAGAAAGAAAAAGAGUUCGCACAAAGCUUGAGAAAUAAGUAAAUUAAAAAAAUUGAAAAUAAUUAACAUCACUAUUUUAGCAUACAGUUCAACACAUUUACAGGCAAUCAAACAUGGCGGAAUAUUUUACGUGGUGUAGAACAAAUUCAGUUUUUUUCUAUAACAAAACACGGCUUUAUGUGACAUAAUGACGUUUACUUACACAUAGAAAACAAGUUAAAGAAAAAAAAUUAAAAGUAAAAAAAAAAGUAACUAUAUAAACAAACUAUUCAUCUUUUAAAAGUGUUUGUGGAAACAAGAGUGCGAAAGUAAAGUUCUCUAAAAAUAAAAGAGGAAUUUUCAAACUAAAAUGACAAAGGAUUUUACACUCUAAUAAAUGCUUGAAUAAAGUAAAUUAUAAAAUUUUAAAAGUUAAUUUUCUUAUACAGAAAUCAAAUAAGAAUUUUUGAAAAAACUCUUGCUACAAAUGAUAUAAAAAAAAUAUACAUAAAGUUCUAUAAGUAUAAUAUAAUGAAACUAAAUUAGUAAAUUUUCUUAAUUCUUAAAAAACAAAAUGAGUGAAAACACUACUAUGAAAGAUUUAAAUAUGUAAUUACUUGUAAAAAAUAGUGUAAUAAAGCUCUUUUUGAAAUAUUUUUAAAUAAAAUGAGAAAGAAAAUCAAAUGCACUAAUGGGCAGAAAAUUUAAAAGAAAAAAAAGUGAAAAUAUUUGUUUGAAAGGUUUAAUAAUUUUUUUUCAUAUAUUUUCCUCUUCCCGUUUUUUUGGAUUUAUAAAAGGAAAAAAAUUCUUGUGUAAUUCAUAAAAAUAUUUAUGAAAUUUUUAAAGUCAAAAUAAAAUGUGAUAAAAUAAAGUUUAGAUGAAAUAAAUAAAAAAAUCAACAAAUUAGUGAAAAAUUUAUAAAUUACAUAUAAAACUGAGUGAUUCAAUUGCCCGCGCCCGAUAUAUCAAAAUUUUUAGUUAAAUUUUUGUUUUUUUUUAUGUUAUUUUAAAACGUCCUUUUUUAUACAAUUUUGCACUAUAAAUCAUCUAGUUGAAUUUGAAACAUUUAUUAAAGUACCUACAUAAAGUGAAUGUAUCCAUUAAAAAUUUAUCUCCUACCUACCUACCUACCUAGGUACCUAUCUAAGAAAAAAAAAAAACGGGGAACAAAAAACAAAAAAAACUAGAGGUUUUCUCAGAUACACAAUUAAAAGCGCAAAGGAAAUGUACGAAAAGAAACUACAAGGAAAAAAUUAUAUAAAUUUUAUAAUUAUUUUCUAAAAUUGAAAAAGAAGGGAAAACAAAACUUGCAUAUUUGCUAAAUAAAAAAAAACGCUGAAAAAACAAAACGAAAAAAAUUAUUACAUAUUUGUUUUAAAAACCAAAAUGGGCAAGAGAAUUCAUCUGAAUAAAAUUUCAUGAAUUCUCAUUUGUUGCCCGAUGCAACACUUUUAGUAGCUAUGGAAUGUGAUGUCACACCCGGUUCAUCGAUAGCAUCAGCAUCGGAGAAACAUGCCACAGAAAUUUCAAGUCAACAAAAACUGACACCACAUAAGCAACAUAACACCUUAAUGACUACUGUAAAAACUUUAGCAUCCGUUGCAGGCUCAUCGGAUAGCACAAAUAAUAAAUUAUCUAGUUCAGGUUCGGAUAAAUUAAUAAUAACAACAUCAACUACAACAUCAGCAUCAAUUGCGGUUCAGCAGAAUAGUGUGCUUUCUUCCCAGAGAUUACAUACUGCCGUGCAACGCUUACCAUCUACAACAUCAUUUCAUCACCAUCACCAUCACAGAAUACAUCACCAUCCGCCGGUUAGUGCACAGUCGUCAUCGCAUCCGCAAAUACAAAUUAUUCAUCAAAUUAAUAAUCAGACCAAUGUAAAACCGUUUCAAAUACAACAGCAACAGCAGAUCCAGCAGCAACGUUCUAUAUUUCCAAAUGUAAAUAGCCCCCUGCAACAAAAAAUUCAAUUAACAACGACUCCUAUUUUUAUUCCCAAGCAAAUACCUCCUAAAGUAUCAAAAAUAAAAAUUCAACAGCAAAUGCAACACCAAAAAAUUAUAGCAAGUACAACACCUUCAGCAGCAGCAAUAGAAGAGCCUUCGAUAAUAACAGCCACUACGGCAAAUUCAACCACAAACGCAAAUUUAUCGAUAAAUUCUAAAUCAACUUUGAACGUUAAGACUAGAAAAGCUUCGACUCCUCCACCAAUAUUACAAUCAAAAAUAUCACAAAAUCGGCAAUCACAAAUAUUGCAACCGAAAAUUCAAAUUCAACAAGUACGAGCAACCUUGGAAUCCUUGACUACGGAACACGCCAUUGUUGAAGAGUCUGACCCUUUGGCAAUUGAUAAUACAACUGUCUUACCAGAUGAAAAUAGCUCAACAUCUUCAACAACAAUUGGUCAACAGGAUGGUAAUAGGCGUACACAUUCACAUAGUUUGCGGCGUAAUCCAAGGAUAAUUUUUAAACCGAUUCCGGAAAAGUCGCUUGUAACAGCAGUCACCACAGUCACAACAACUACAACUAAACCUGAGAAAGGAGUACGAUCAAGUUUAAGAAAUUCGACGAUAGCUUCAUCGGCCAAUUCUGUGUCAUUUGCUACCAGUUUAGUUGCAACAAGCCAAGGAGCAAUCGGAACUGGAAGCACACAAACCAUUUCUUCUGCUAGCACAAUGCGGGAAGUAAUUGCCGCUGCAAUACCGGGAUACAAUAUGAAGUCUCGACCAAGGCGUUCUAAUAAAAAUAAAUUGUCAACAGCUGCACAAAUUGAACAAACAAAAGAUGGUCGAAUAGAUUUGGAAACGCCUGAUUCGAUUUUAUGUGGAACUAACCUAAGAGCUUUAUUAAACAAACAUACCUUUUCUUUGUUGCCGCCAUUGUAUCAGUAUAAUUUAGUUCAACUGCUGCCAGCCUGUGACAGGCCAUCUAAUCUAGAACCAUUAAAAUUAAAAAACUUAGAUAAUCCUAUGGACACUACAAUACCAGCAAUUCAUUUGAAUGCUUCAGCCUUAAAUAACGAAUUCUUCGCUAGAGCUUGUUUAGAAUGGCGUGAGCGUUUGACAGAAGGGGAAUUUACUCCUGAAAAUCAGGUGAAAUUAAAAAGUGAAGCUGAACGUGAAAAAUUGAGACUAGAUCCAUGGAAAUUGAAACAUUUCGAGCCUAUAUGGGGUGAUAAAAGAUUAAAGUCGUCGCAAGUUAAUACUUCAGUAUCAAAUACUCCAACAGCAACAUGUACGACUUCAACAACCACUGUCGUGCAAUCAGUAUAUGCAGAAACAUCACCUCCAUUAGCAAAUGUUACAUCUUCGCAACCUGACGUAAAUUCAGCAAGUGAAAAUAAUAUCGCCACAAUAACAAGUUUGAUAUAUAGUAGCGGUACCAAUAGUAGUAGUAGUACCAAUAGUAAUUAUAACGAUAAUAUAAGUAGUAACUCAAAUAAUAUUUCACAACCUGCAACAAAUAAAUCGCUAAAAAUUUCUGUGGUAAAUAGUAGUAAAUCUAAUAACAGUAGUUUAACAAUUUUAGAUAUGCCCACAACAUCGUCAUAUAAAAAAGUUCAAUUAGUAGUAGCAAAUAAUGAAAGUUGUAAAAAUACAGAUACUAGUGGCAAUCACCAUUUACCUGAGAAAACCACGAUAAUGCCGCAGGGAACAAAAACUCCGACAAGCAUUACAUCAACAACAGAAAACACGACUGAAAUAAAAGCGAAUGACAGAAAAAGUGCGAAUAUAUUUUCCAAUUCAGCAUCUGAUUCUUUGAAAAAUUCCUGUUCAAACACUAACGAUGGUAUUAAUAGUAGUAACAGUAGUAUUAAUGAAAAAAAUAAUGGUAAACAAUUAUUAAGUAAUGAAACUCCAAUAUUAAGACCAGCUCUUAAGACGACAAUCAAACUAAAUAAAUCAAUAACGUCAAUUUCUUCGACAAAUUGCGGUUCAACUAUAGCUAGUGUAAUUAGUUCGACAGUACAACAGCAGCAACCAAAACAGUGUAUUAAUAACAGUAGUAACACCGUACCAUCCCCAUCUUCAUCAACUUCAUCAGCAUCAUCGACUGCAUCAACUUCUUCAGCUGCCUCAUCUGCAUCAUCUUCACCCACAUCUACUAAUUCACCAUAUUCCGACACAGCUGUUAGUGGCAAAUCAAUAGAUUCAACAGACUCGCAUAACAUUAACAGCAAUAGCAGUUCUACUACUUCAAUUGUCACACAUAAUAGUUCAAAUAAGACCGUAUCUACAAAUUCUAUAUUAACGAGCAAACACGAAAAUAUUUCAGUCAAAUCGGUCAUUCACACAAGUUCCGCAUUACAAGUAAGCUCUUCACAAAACAUUUUAAAAGGUUCUGAAGUUUGUUCACCAUUGGAACUAUCUAACAAUAAUGUCCUACAGGAAGAUAGACGGCAAAACAUUAAAUUAGAGCACGAUAACGAAACAAGUAAUAGUAAUGAUUAUUUAAGUGAAUGCAGUAGUAGUAAUGAUAAUAAUAAUAAAAAGAAUUACUGUGUAGAAAUGUGUAACUCCAGUUUCAAUGACAACUUGAACGAAUCUCAUUUACCGAACCAAAUCGUUGACAAAAAUUGUAAACAAGCUACUACGCUAGCUCCUGAGAAAUGUGAUAAAGCUUUAAUCGAAAUUAAUCAAAGGAAAUCUUUUACUAAUCCUUUAUUAAAAACCAAUUCAUCGAAAAUUUUGCUUAAAAAUGGUGAUAUAGUUUCAUGUAGUAUUUCUGAAAAUGAAAAUUUAGAACGGCGACAAAAAGAAAAUCUGAUAGGUCCUGUUAAAGUUGAAGAAGUAGAUUUACCUACAGAAGGCAAUUUUCAACAUUAUCACCAAAGUCAUUUUGAAAUUGAAAACUUAAAAUCUAGAACUCUCAAAAGAUCUUCUUCCAGCCCACAAUUUGGACGAAGUGAAAAUAAAAUUUUAAAAUUAGAAGAAAGCAAAGUAGAAAAUAAGGAAUUUAUGUUAGAAUCUCACUCUAAAAUUAAAUUAUCCAUUGUUAAAAAUGAAGUAAAAUUUUCAUCAUCGGAGCCAUUUUCAACAGAUCUGGUGGAAGAUAAAAAUAAUAAGAGUACAACUUACUCUGAUCAAUUCCAAGAGCAUGAGCUUUCUAUGAAUGAGGUAAAGGAAGGUUUACUUUUAGAUCAAGUUGAACAACGCCAGUUACAACAAUUAAAUGAAGAAAAUGUUAUGCAGUUUCAAGAACAAAAUUCUGAUUUUACAAAUAUAAUGGACAGCUGUGACAUUGGGGGUGCCACCACUGCUAGUAUAAGCACUGUUGCUACAUCGGGUAAUCUUCAAGACGAUAGUUGUUCUAACAAUGACAUUUUAAGCGAAAAGACUUGUAACAGUUUAGAAAUUAAUAACAAAUUAGAACUCAGUAAUGACUUAUAUGAUAACAGCAACCAACAUGGCAUUAAUGUGGGGUUAGCUUCAGAAGAGUGUAUUGAACAUGAUGUUGAUAGUAAUGAAGGGCGACCUGAAACAGAUGCAGACGUUUUAAAUGAAAACGAUGUUGGAUCAAGCGACUAUCAGUUAUCUGAAAGUGCUAAUACGGAAAAUGGAUUUAAUUAUGAAUCAAAUGCAAAUCCCGUUCCGAUGGUAUCUAUUCAACAAGCAAAGCGACCACUACCGUCAACAGAUAUUUGUCAAAGCUCAAAUUUUAAUUUUCAACAUGGAACUUUCACAUUUCAAAAUCAAACCAUAAACGAAAUGGAUGCUGAGCAAAGUCAUCUCCAAAAAAAAAUACAAAUCGAAGAAGCUAAAAUUGGGAGUUAUCAUCACCAUUUGGAUCAAGAUCUUUAUAACAGCACGAUAGAUGAAGAAGAAAAUCAUUUACAGGUGAAAGAAAAUCAGGAUCAUCAAGAUAUAUUAGAUGAUUUAAUUGUUUCUGAGGAUUUAGCCAACAGUAACUGCACCUUAGAUCGUAAUAGUGCUAUAGGAACUUUAUUAACUUGUUCUGAAGAUACAAAUAGUAGCACAUCAGCCUUAAUAGAUUGUAGUGCAGCAAUAAUUGGCAAUGGUAGUGGAGCCAGUAGUGGUGGAAGUAAUAGUAAUAAUAUAACUAACUCGCCUAGUGAUGUUGAUACGAUAAAUGAAAUAGAACCUAGCUUGCAACCAAUAUGUAUUGACGACGAUCAUAUUGUGCAAAAAAUUGCUGAUGGCGAAAAUUAUUUAAUUGAAAAUGAUCACAUUAUUUCAGGCAAUUGCGUUAUUCCAUCCACUAGUAGUUCAGUAAUUCUAACUGAAAUUCAAGCUGGGAAAAAUGAAGUUCAAACAAGUAUACCAAUUUCCAGUUCCUCGUCUUCAAUUAUAACAUCAUCGUCGCCUGUGAUUGUGCUACAAUCCCAAACGGAAAAUUAUCUAUCAACUCAGGAACACCACCCUCAAUUGCUUGAAGUGCGUGAACAACAACAACAACAACAUUCGCAACAGCUGCAACAGUCACGACAACAACCUUCUCAACAACCAACUAAACAAAAUCUUCUAUCUAGCGAAGAAAUUUAUAAACACUUGAAACAUGACUGGAAUUUUGGGAUUAAAGUUGAGUCAAAUCAAAGCGUCAUGAUGGACUCAACUUCAUCCUCGGAUUUCAAUAUUAGUGACACUGGGAUUAUCCAAAAAAGUAUUACUGUUAAUAAUAAUGACAAUCAAAACGUCUUACAUGAUUCAGAGCAACAGUUGCAACACGUAGAAGAAUCUCAUCAGUUCCAGCGAAUAGAACAGCCUCUUCAACAGCGAUUGCAGCUUCAUCAAAAACAACAACCAAAUAUAAAUAAAGAUAAUCUUCAGAUAAAAAGUAUCGAGAUUUCUGAUGGCGCAAUUUCUGCUUCUAGUAAUAAUAUAAAACUUAAUUUAGAUAAAGAAAAUGUUGAGUAUCAAUAUCAACAGCAAGAUCAAAAUCAACAACUCGUGAAUGACCAACAAAACGAACAACCUUUAAUUGGUGGCAAUAAUUCACAGAUUAAAACAGAAAUGGAUAUUCCAAUGACAGUUGCAGAAAUGGAAGUCUCUAGUACUGUCGCUAGUAAUAAUUCAGUCAAUUCAAAUGAUAGUUUUAGUAAUCAAUCGAUUAGUGAUGUUUUAAAUAACGCAACCCAAACUCAAAAUUUACCACAACAAAGCACUACAAAACUUAUUAUAACAACAACAGGAACUUCACAAAAUCAAAAUAUUCCUGCUGGUACUAUAAUAACAACUUCGGCUGAUGGCAGUUUUAUUAUACAGACUUCAUCACAGAAUACAAGUAGUAUGCAGCAGCAACAACAAAAUCAAUUGCAGCAACAGAUACAACAUCACAUGCAACAAAAUUUGCUGCGUCAACAAAAUAUGCUGGGAUUACAAAAUGCAGGUGUUAGUCAGCAACUACAGCAACAACAGCCCGUACAAACAAACCAACAAACUCCUCAACAAAUAGUAUUGAAAAAUAUUAAUCCAGGUGCUGUAACACAUUUUUCUACAACAUCAGCCCAACAACCGCAACAACUCCAGCUCAAAAUUCAAUCACCGCAAGCAAUUUUUCAACAGACGCAACAUCAGCAGCCGCAUCAAAAACCUUCUCAGCAAAUACAUUUGCAGUCAGUAACACAGUCUCAAUUGCCAACAACUAAUAUACAAUUGUCUUCGCCUCAACAGUACCAAGUUCAACAAGUCCAUCAACAAAAUAUAGCUGGAAAACUUAUUGCGACCAAUCAAAAACUACAAUUUUCCCGUGCUGGAAAUGCAGCAACAAAUUUUCUCGCUGUAAAUAAUUCUGUUCCUUCUUCAGGUACUGUAACAGUUCCUUCUCAAACUAUCAAAGUUAUUCCUAAUUCAGGAGGAAUUUCAUCAGCAAUAACCCCGCAACGAUCUAAAUUACUCACAACGCAACAACAGCAACAUCAACAAAUUACUCAAGUCCAUUCACAGCCAAGCAACAAAGGCAGACGUUCAUCAAAUAAACUUCCGCCAGGUGCGGUGAACCUCGAAAGGAGCUAUCAGAUUUGUCAAGCUGUUAUACAAAAUAGUCCUAACCGACACCAGUUAACGGCUCAGCUAAGACGACCACCCCCUUCCCUAUUGACAUCAUCAAAUAAUAGUGCAAAUAUCACAGGUUCAAUUGCUUCUAAUAAUACUAUUACUAUUCAGAAGAAAACCGACGAGCAAGUUAUAACUCCAGGACGAACUGUGUAUAAGGUUAUCGGGCCAAGACUUGGAUUUCCUAGAAAAAAAUUUGUUCCAAGGCAAGCUUCGCCAACUUUAAUUCGUCACGUUUAUACUACAGCUGGUACUGGUAUACCAAAUGGCGCAAAUCAAAAUAUACAGUUGCAGCAACCUGGAGCUCAGCAAACAAUUAUACAAGGGACAGACCAAUUACAACAUGGUAGUGGACAUUAUGUGCUCAUUCACAGAGCCAAUGUUGGCGCUGCCGAUAAUCAAGCACCUCGAGCUUCUAGUGCUCCACCAGCUCAAAAUCAACAAAUUCAUGGCGUUAAUGGUGUACCUAUAAGUGGUCGAGGAAGACCAGCCUCUGUCGAUGUUGAUACAGCAAAUACUGUUCAAGAAAUACAGAAUGUUGGAGGUCAGAAUGCGGGAGCUCAAAGCGUUACAAGAAGAAUAGUCAAUAGCCAAGGAGGGAUGUAUAGUGAUAUUAGUUUAGAUCAAAAUAAUUCUCAAACUGCAACGUAUAUAGUUAACACUUCGUCUGUUAAUAGUAAUCCAAUAAUUGUUUCUAAUAACAACAAUAACAAUUCAUUAAAUGCAUCAGUUGCUGUAACAUCAGUAGCAUCAGUAGCAUCAGCAACAGUAUUGUCAAAUACAGUGGUAACAGCAGCAUUAAAUAAUACGAAUAGCAAUAAUAACUUAAUUAAUAAUAAUAGUAGUUGUCACAAUAGUAGCAAUAACGGCGAUAAUACUACGUCACAGAAUAAUUAUUCAUGUUCUUGUUCGUUAAAUGCUAUGGUUAUAUGUCAACAAUGCGGUGCGUUUUGUCAUGACGAUUGCAUUAGUACUUCAAAAUUAUGUGUAUCCUGCGUGAUUAGGUGAAAUUUCUUAAUAUUUCAUUAUAUUAUUUAUUGAGAAAUAUAAGACAGAAAUAGAAAGAAAAAAUAAAUAUUGAAAAAUAGUUUUUCACGAAAUAUCGCCGUUUUAUUUAAGUAGAAUAUAGAAAAUUUACAAAAUUAAACGCAAAUUGUACCGCAAAUACAAAUUCAGCAUCAUAUAAACAUAAAGAAAAUAAACUACAUUACCAUGUUGAAAAAUACAUGUAUAUAUAUUUAUAUAUAUAUAUUUACAUAUAUAACCGCAUUUAAAUGUAAAUUAAGCAAAAAAUCAAUAGUAACUAGAAAUCUUUCAAGAUUUUUAAGUAUAUUAGACUUUCCAAUAAGGCUUUUUUUUCUAAUAAAAUUUCUUUAAAUUAAAAAGCUACAGAAAAACUCAUACACUUGAACAUAAAUUAAUUUACUAAUGAAUUUAUCCUAUAAAUAUAAUACCAAGAAAUGAAAUAAGGAAUUCUCAUUUUGUUUAUGAAUGACUUUAGGUUGCAUUCUAAGAGUGAAAAAAGUAUGAAACCAGAACAAGUUAAUGUUCUUAAGAAAAACAUUGAAUUAUAAAAAACAAAAACAAUUUUUAUAAAAGAAAGAAAAUAUUUGUAAAUUUCGCAACUAAAGUUUGAACUUGAUACUAAUACUUACCACCCCAAAAACUUUUCAUUGGGUAUAGAUAUCUGAAUUAUUAAAGAUUUAUCAAUUUUUUUUGUAAUUGUAAUUAUUUCCAGUAAAUUUUUAAAUUAUUAUUAGAUAAAAAUUUUGAUUAGAAAUUUUCAGAAUAUGUAAAUAUUGAGUGGUGCCUAAUUCAAGAUAUUUGUACAGAAAUUAUUCAUAUUCUACAUUAAAUUUGA